UGAGCCGAUCCGCGGUUAAACUACAGCGACGUUUGACCGACCGGAAGUGAACCUUCUGUUUAUUCUUUGCGGGCUCUGUGUGCUGAUUUUCCUCGAGAUUCGUCUCACGUUAAUCGCGGUUUGCAAAAGAUGGGACGCAGAAAGUCGAAGAGAAAACCCCCUCCCAAGAAAAAGAUGACGGGAAACCUGGACACCCAGUUUACCUGCCCCUUCUGUAACCACGAGAAGUCAUGCGACGUUAAGAUGGAACGAAGUCGAAAUACGGGGAUAAUAUCCUGUACUGUGUGUCUAGAGGAAUUUCAGACACCAAUAACUUAUCUGUCGGAGCCGGUGGACGUGUACAGUGAUUGGAUAGAUGCUUGUGAAGCGGCCAAUCAGUAGUUUCAGACGUCACAGACGACCAAAUACGCUUAAAGACUCUUGUUUGUUUUUAAAACUCCUGUAUUGAUUCACCGAUCGGUUUUGUGUUGAAGCUGAAAGAAUCGUCUAAUAAAGCCACAGAUGGAGGUUCAGGCGACGCUGAGAUGAGGAUGAUUUCAAAUCCAGCCUUUUCCCUUUGAUUGGUGUUACAGAAAAUGCAACAGGCGCGAUUAAUUUAGAAAAAAAGCUGUUCUCGAUGUCUUUUCGGUUUGUUCCUAAUCCUUCAGUUUGUCAUGUUUAUUUUACAAUUUAGGUUUUUAUAAGACCAUGUAGUGUCAAUAAACAUUUGCAUAUUU